AUGGAUUCAAAGGAUUAUAAACAAUUUAAAGAAUGGGUACCAUUACAACAGAUAAGUCUUGGAGGUAUAAUGGAUAAAGCAUGGAAGUACUUUGAUUAUGGUCCAAAGGAUGUUACACCAAUAGUGUUUAUACCAGGUGUCAGUGGUACUGCAGAGAUAUUCUUUAGACAACUUGUAACUCUAUGUCCUAAAGGAUUUAGAUGUAUAUCUAUACAUUACUCAUCAUAUGACUCUACAGGUGAAUGGUGUAAGGGAUUCGAUAGAUUCCUUGAUAGGAUGGGAUUGGAGAAGGUACAUUUGUUUGGUACGGCAUUGGGUGGCUACUUGGCUCAAUGUUACUAUCAGGCAAGACCGACGAGAGUGGCCUCGAUGAUCUUGAACAACUCAUUCUCAGACACACAGUACUUUCAUGACAAUGCACCUUGUGCUGCAAUGUUUGGUCUGAUGCCAGAGUUUAUGCUCAAGAAGAUGGUACUGUCUAGAUUCCCAUCGGGAUUCGUCGAGCCAGAGAUUGCCGAGGCCGUAGACUUUAUGGUCGAACAACUAGACUAUCUCACUGGCAAUGAGUUGGCAUCACGUCUAGCUCUAAACUGUAGUAUAAGUACAUUGAAUCAAACUGCUGGUCUAACUUAUGAUCAGAUUACAAUCAUUGAUUGCCUAGACUCACAGACUAUACCAGAGAAUAUGAGAGAGGAAGUGUACAAGUUCUAUCCAAUGGCAAAGAUUGCAUUGUUAAAGACUGGUGGAGACAUUGCAUAUAUAUCAAAGGCAGAGGAGAUCAAUGUAUAUAUACAAGUACAUCUACGUAAUCAUGGUUUGGAUCCAUUGGCCAACAACAACAAAGAAGAAGAUGGUAGUGAUGUUAACAAUGGAGACAAAAAGACAACAACAGUGAAGGAAGAUCAUCCUAGUUCAACAACAACAUCUCAACAACAGCAGCAACAACAACAACAACAACAACAGAACAAACAAAACGAUAGUAUAUUCAUUGAGGAGGAAGAAGGAGAAGGUGACAAGGAUUACAAUGUAUUCUCCAAACUUCCAUCAACAACAAACACUACCAUUGCCAACUUGGAAGAGAACAUC